GCAACGGGAUGCGCUUGGAGCUCCUGCACAGUAUUAUUUAAAAAAAAGUAACUUUUCCCCGCAUCGCACGAGCAUACAGCAUACGAGCUACAUAUACUUUAAUUAAAGAUUGGUUCAACGCCCUAUAGUCGCGUCGGUUGCAGUGAUCUUUCUACAAACACGAAAUUAUCUUUCAAUUUAAAUAAUAUAAAGAAUUUUAAAAUAAAAACAAAUUAUUAGUAAAUGUAAAAAGUUAAAAACAAAGAGCAACAAAAGACGAAGGCUGGAUGCCCCGAUAGCCCUGUUUUAACUAUGAUUCACGAUGUAUGGAUAAUGCUUCACAUGGGAUAAAUUCGUUAAAAGAGCAUGAAAACAAUGCAUCCACAUCCACGUUCACCACAAACCACACACUCAUUUUUAAUAUCGGUCUGGAGUUCAUCGAACAAGCGAAUAGACGCAUCUCCUGGACUGCACAAAAUACUGAUAGCUCUGUAGCAAGUAAGAUUUCGUAUUGAUCCGAGUCGAUCCCGAAUGCAAAGUGAGCAAAGAUGAUCGAAAAAUAAAACCCAGCAAAUAUUGUAGAAAAACAAGAGAUACCAUCCUGUAUGUGUGUACCAAGUAUUUGAGAUUCUCUAGAGUAGAAUGCUACUGAUAUUGAGCGCUCUUUGUGUCACUCUGCUUAAUACAGCGACUCUUGCUGGUACAGAGAACGAGACCAUUCCAGACUGUGACUACUUCGACACGGUGAACGUGUCGGGGAGCCAGCGGCUGGACAAUGGUUCGUAUCUGUACCAAAGUGUGGUCAUUCCGGCCGAGCUUACGGCUGAAUUCGACUACAGGGUACUGCCGGACGACAGCACGGAGCCGGUGGAGAGACAUCUGCGGGGCUGCGUCUGCCAGCUGCGUCCGUGUCUCCGGCUCUGCUGCCACCACUCUCAGUUAAUGGCUAAUGGGCAGUGCAGUGGCAGCAUCGAGGUGGAUCUGACCCGACUGAACCCCUACUUGAACGUGACCCUGGACGAUGGCACGGUGGCAAGACGACACUUCCAGGAGGAGUUCAUCAUUCAGAGCGAUCUGCCGAUCCCCUGCAACGAUCGAGAGGAGCAGGAUCAGUAUACAGUCUUUGAAGUUUGGACCACGCAACCCCCCGUACCCCGUUUCCCGCAAAGCCUAAUGCGAGUGGUUUUCCUUAGAAUGGGUCUUUCUUUCGACCAUACGACAGUGCAACGAUGAUUUCGUGAUGGCCAACUUCCUGU